CACCCAAAAAGUUCUAGAAAUUCUGUUGUAGGAUUCUUCUUCUACAUAACCGCCAUUGAUGUCACCUCCUUACUUUAUAUAAGGCCUCGAGAACUUCAUAAUCUUUCCCGUUCUAUGUAAUGUGUUAAAGAUUAAUUAUAUCACAUAUAUAUAAGUUGUAACAAAAUGGAAGGUGGUUUUAAGGCAACGUCUUAUUAUGAGAUUCUUGGCGUCUCCGUUAAUUCCUCGGCGGAGGAGAUAAGGCGAGCUUAUCGCAAACUGGCUAUGAAAUGGCACCCUGAUCGAUGGACGAAAGAUUCAUUUAGGUCUGGAGAAGCAAAACGAAGGUUUCAGCAGAUUCAAGAAGCUUAUUCAGUGUUGUCGGAUCAGAAGAAACGAAGUAUGUACGAUGUGGGACUCUAUGAUACUCAAGAAGAUGAGGGAUACUAUGAUUUUGUUGAAGAGAUGGUUUCACUUAUGGCUCAGACGAGAAGAGAGGAAAAGCAAUACAGCUUGGAGGAGUUGCAGACAAUGAUCGAUGAUAUGGUCUAUGAGUUCCAAACAGAACCGUUAUUCCAACACCAUCCAACGGAAAUGAAAUUCGACCUGAACCAACCGGCAGACUGGUCCUCUCAUAUGUCUCUACCGGUUUCAAGCUUCGAGUUCUGUCCUCAGAGCAGCUACUGUAACUAGAUCAACACUCUUAGUCUGAUUUUAAAUUUUGAUCUUACGGAUUCAUAAGCUAAGAACCACGGUCCUUGGCCUUAGAAUCUCAUGCUUGAGUGACAGUCUACAGUUUUUUUUUUACUUGUGGGGCAAGAAAUUGCUCUGGGAGUUUUCACGUUUUACUGUUGUUGACAGCUGACACUCGAAAUGUUGUCAGGGUUGUGAAUAAUGUUUUCUUUAGAAAUCGGUCUGUAAUUGCGUUUUUCUAGUGUUUUUGUACCGAGCAGAGAAGUUAAAAACGGUAUAUCU